AUGAGUGCUUUGCCCCCUACGCCGCAAUCGGAGCGUAAUAGAACUUUACGACACCGCAAGACGGCAUCGACGGCAUCGACAGUCGAUCUUAUUGUCGAGGAUCGUCGAGGAUCAGCCAAAACUUUUGUCACAACCGGCCUGGAUGAAUUCUAUUCCACUGGUCAGGAGCCAGUGUCCAACAUUGAUAUCGAAGAUCUUACGAAGCAAUUGUCGAAUUGGACUUCUAAACUCAAGAGCAAGUCUCAGGGAACUCAACUGCAAACUCUGUCACCACAUCAAAUUCUGGCAGGCCUAAGUGCAGUCACUGUCACAACCUUAAGCAUUGUUGGAUACUCUGCAACACAGAGUUUCAUGUUUAAACCGUGGUUCCUUGAUACAUGCGUCAAUUUCAAUUUGACUGGUGAACUCCAUUCCUUUAGUGAUGUACGCCACUUCGUCAAGGAUCUCAGUUUAGACAAUGCCAUUUGUGUCUGUGACGUCCUCUGGAUACCCGAUUUGGCAGUUAAUUUACUGCCCUUUGCAAAGCUGGAUAUCAAGGUUAUCACUUUUGUCUCUCUACCACCAUCCCAUCUUUCUUCAUCGUACGAGCUCCGAAUGGUGUCAUAUUCCAUGUCAUACGAACCUCUCAAAACAAUGUUUACAAGUGUUUUGAGAGAGAUUGAACAUCAGAUCCCCACCUUGAAGCCGGCGCCGUUAAUUACAUUGCGGAAUCCCAUGGAUACAAUGGAGACCCAACUGCCGCAGCGGCGCUGCGUUAAAGGUGGCAUGACUCGCAGCUAUUCUACUACUCCGAUGCCGCGAGCUCUCCGCCAACUCGAACGUAUUCAUAUCGACUUUGCAGGUGGGAUUUACAUCCUGAAGUCAAAGGAUCAAGCAUUUGAUUAUUAUGAACAUUGGGUCAAGUUCAUGACCAAUCUUGGUUACACUCAUCCUGCAUAUAUUCACAAAGAUAUCGAUGGUGUAUUACGUUCAGCCAAAAUAUCCAAUUUGAUGGCUGCACAGGGCAUCCAAUGGGAAUCCACUACCCCCAUUCACCUCUUCAGGAUGUGCCUUGACGGAUGCUCCACCUCAAAUUACUCACUUCGAGAGCUAGGCUCUGAAGUCUAUGCCCAUCUUCGCAGCUCUCAAAAACCUGCAGAUAAGCUCUCCGCCAGAGCAGAAGCUCACAUUUUUAUUUGCUUCAACGGCAAAUCGAUAUAUCAGCUAUGGAACCCGAGAACAGAUACUCUGCUUAUCACCGGUGAUAGCUUGAUGACCUCUCUGCAGAAUGGCUAUGCCCUGCAAGAAGCCUUUGCUGCCUUCAACCCUACACCUGUUACUGUUUCUCUACCAAAAUCUUACAUGGACGCUGUGUCAAGGCUUGUACCCCCGGGUGGUUGGGUAUAUGUUGAAAGUGAUCGCCCGAAUGACCCUAAUGCGGAUCCAGAUGGAAUCCUACCCAAAUCACUCUGGGUCAUAUGUGGCAAUUGA